AUGGAUUUUAGUAUGCAGGAAAUGAUUAAAUCGCUAGGAUUAGGGAUGGAUGAUGCUCGUGUUGUGGGGAUAUGGGGGAUGGGUGGAAUAGGUAAGACAACUCUUACAAGUGCUAUUUAUGCCCAUAUCUCAUGCCAAUUUGAAGGUUGCAGCUUUAUUGAAAAUGUUAGAGAAGUUUCAGAAAAAGGUGGUUUGAAAACUCUACACGAACGACUCAUUUCUGAAAUCUUAAUGGAGAAAGAUUUGAAAGUAGGAAAUAUUGGCAGUGCCUUAAGUACGAUAAGGAACAGGGUAUGCCUUAAGAAGGUUCAUAUUGUUCUUGAUGAUGUGGAUGAAUCAACAAAACUUGAAAAAUUGGUAGCAGAGCUUGAUUGUAUGGAGGAAAUGAUUAAAUUGCUAGGAUUAGGGAUGGAUGAUGCUCGUGUUAUGGGGAUAUGGGGGAUGGGUGGAAUAGGUAAGACAGCUCUUGCAAGUGCCAUUUAUGCCCAUAUCUCUUGCCAAUUUGAAGGUUGCAGCUUCAUUGAAAAUGUUAGACAAGUUUUAGAAAAAGGUGCUCUGAAAACUCUACACAAACAACUCAUUUCCAAAAUCUUAAUGGAAAAAGAUUUGAAAGUAGGAAAUAUUGGUAGUGCCUUAAGUACGAUAAGGAACAGGGUAUGUCAUAAGAAGGUUCAUAUUGUUCUUGAUGAUGUGGAUGAAUCAACAGAACUUGAAAAAUUGGUAGGAGAGCUUGAUUGGUUUGGUUUUGGAAGUAGAAUCAUUAAAACAACUAGAAAUCAACACACAUUAAUCCGAUAUGGCAUAACACAUAUUUAUAAGCUCGAUGAAUUGGGAGAAGAUGAAGCUAUAGAACUCUUUAAAUCGAAAGCCAUCAGGAAACAUCAACAUAUGGGACGCUAUGGAGAACUUGUACAUUGUGCAGUAAAGCAUGCCAAAGGAGUUCCUUUAGCUCUCAAAGUUUUGGGUUCUUUUCUUUGUAGUCGAAACAAAGAUUAA